AUGACUGAGGGUGUCAGGAUACGAUAUACACGUUUGAAUCAAGUGUGUAGAAAAGCUCUACAACAAGCGGUGAACAAAGUUCAAAAUUGGGACAAGUUAGCAUCAUGUUUUCCGGAGUAUAGCAGAUUAGAACCUGGGGCUAAAAAUAUCAGUACGUGCCAAAAGCAAGUGGUUGAUUUUUGGAUGGAACUUUCUAAGCGAGAAUUCGAAGAGAUCUUUAGCGAGCGGGACAUUGAAAACAAGUUGAAUGAUCUUGAUGACCUGAUUUCCGACGCUAAGGCGACCCACUCAACCUUCAAGCCCGGACAUGAUAGUAUGGCUUGCAUUGACAAACUUUCCCCAAAGCAAUUGAUUAGUGGUAAUAUACAUGACUCUCGUUUAAAGCUGCUGGACCAGCUAGACGAUCGGUUGUCAAAAGUGACCGAUGUCAAUAACACCUUGGAAGAUGAACUGCGGCAGCUGCAAGAAACGUUGCAACUGGAAGUAACGCAGCUAGAUGAUAUGUACGACAGAUGUCUAGGUCAAGAAACCAACUCCUAUGACGAAGUUCUAGAACAAGGUUGGCGCGAUAUGCUUUUAGAGCUGCGUGAAGGAUAA